CUACCAUUCAAACUUGCUCAUGAUUUUGAAGCGCAACUUCGGAAGAGCAACGGUUAGAUAGAACGCACUGAUUCUGGUGCGAGGUGAGCGCAAAAGGGCACUCACUCACUGAAUCAACUUUGACAUAAAAUAAGGUAUCAUCUUUUUUUAAAUGUCUUUAUCCAGGGUGGUUUUGCCAUCCAUCUCGACAUUUGCAAACCAAACCAAAAGUUGUGAACAUAAGUGGAAAAGCGAGACGGACAAACCCAUUUCUUCCAGCUGCUCCAUGCUUGAUAUGGUACAGAACAUGGACUGUCGCAGUAUCGGGAGAAAGGACGACGGGGAUCUUUGUAAUGACUUAGAUCUGGAUUUUAUUCUGGCCAACACCACUGGCUCAGACAGCAUGACUACCGCUGCGCUGGGAGCAGGUUUAGCGGAGUAUUACAUGUCCUCGACGGAUUAUCCAGGCAACCUGUUCACCACCGAGAACCCCAUGCCAUCCUACCCGUCCAGUGAGCACAGCUCCCCGCCUCCCCCCUACAGUACCAACCUGAUGGCGGAGCUUCUCAGGUACGAGGGGGAGAACAGCUACGUGGUCGGUAUUACGCGCAACACCUCCAGCAUCCAAGGAAGGUUGUAUGUGAACUCUACGCCGUUUCCGAGACAGGACAUUUUAGAUAGCAUCAAAGUGGAACCUUCCGUGGACGGUUAUGGACCUGUUAUGGACAUGGUUCCCCAGAGGUGUACGAAAAUCAAGCAAGAGGGUAACGUGUUGUGCAUGAUGUCCUUCGACCAGCCGAGAGUAGCCAUCUCCCCGCGGGCAGCCAGAAACAUGACGCCACCGCUCAGCCCCAACGAUCAGGGGAGCUCCGAGUGCCCCCAGCAGGACCCGAUGUGUCACUCCAUGAGAUUCCCACAUAACUACCACGCCUCAGCGGCGUACCCACACCACCCCCCCGGGGCGCCUCAAGCCACCCAAAUGCAGAUUGGACCAUACCAAGGUGCUCACCAGUUCGGAGUGUACGAGGAGGGACUCAGCAUGCAACCGAACACACAGAGGGUACUGCUGACGCCCCCGUCUUCUCCGCUGGAGCUGCUGGAGACCAAACCAAAGAGAGGUCGCCGCACCUGGCCAAGGAAGCGCACGGCGACGCACACAUGCACAUUCGCUGGGUGCGGAAAGACCUACACCAAGAGCUCGCAUCUGAAGGCGCAUCACAGAACGCACACUGGUGAAAAGCCAUACAAUUGCGGCUGGGAAGGCUGCGGCUGGAAAUUCGCUCGCUCCGACGAACUGACCCGUCAUUUCCGCAAACACACCGGUCACCGGCCCUUCCAGUGCCACCUGUGUGAUCGCGCCUUCUCCCGGUCCGACCACCUCGCGCUUCACAUGAAGAGACAUAUGUGAUGUGAUUGAUGUACACGAUGACUGAUUGGGGGUUAUUAAGGGGUGUCCUUCAUGCCUAUUUUGACUAGGCCUAUCGGUCUUUUUAUUUAAAUAUUUAAACAUUCCAUUUUGUUAUACAUAAAUAUAUUGAAAAAAUGUUAUUAUUUUGUAAUAACGUAGCUGGUACUACCUUGGUUAUAUUUGUUAUAUUAAAGCUUUAUAACGGUUGGUAGGGUGUUUGUUUUGGAGUAAACAGUCCCUAUGUGGGGCUGGCCCUGUACUUAUUUUCUUUCCUUUACAAAACUGGAGUGCUGUGAUUGACACAAGUGCCUUUCUGUUACUCUGACUGUGUGCUAUUGUAAACACUGUCUAUGGCAAAACUACAAAGUCACCAAAAUAACAAAACAAGUUUACCUAGUCUGCUAUGAAAGACAAUGUUUUGAUGUUUAAACUGCCUGAAUGUUUUUUUGGAAUGGCCCAAAUUCCGUAACUUGCCUUUACACUCAACUGUGUUCUGUUUUCAUGGAAAUCGUACACUUUUGGAUGAAAUUGUAUGGUUUGAGUGCAAACAGACUGGUCCAGCCCCUUUGUACAUUACCAGGGCUAGAUGUCCUGUGUAUGAUUAUUUUUUACUGAAGUCUAUAUGCAUUUUAUACUGUAAAUUGUGUAUAUAUUAUAAAUAUUUGAAUACA